UCUAAGCUCUAUCAUGUUUAUAUGUCACAUAAAAGAACUGUCCACAGAGUUACAUUUCAUAACAAAGAACCUGCCCUUCUCCUCAGUGGUUCUCAAGAUGGAGAUAUGAAAAUAUUCGACAUCAGACGGAAAGAUGUGAGCAAAACAUUUUCAGCCAAAGAAAGUGUUCGUGAUGUUCAGUUUUGUCCACAUAGUUCGGGAUAUUUCCGCUUUGCUGCCGGAUUGGAAAAUGGCAUUGUUCAGGAAUGGGAUAUUCGACGUCCAGAUCGUCCUGAUAGAGAGAUAAUAGCUCAUACAGGACCAGUGUUCACACUGGACUGGAACCCUAUGGACAAAAACUGGCUUGCCACCGGUGGAAGAGAUAGAGCUAUAAGAGUGUGGGAUAUGCCUACAAAGAAAGUCGUUCAUAUUGUACAUACCAUGGCCUCAGUAGCUAGGUGUAAGUGGCGACCUGACUACAAAUAUCUUAUAGCUAGCAGUUCCCUCCUUGUGGAUUUUGCUGUCAAUAUUUGGGAUAUUCGUCGACCAUACAUUCCCCUGGCUGCCUUUAACAGACACAAAGAUGUGGCUUCUGGUAUUCAGUGGAGAAACAGUCCCAACAUCCUCCUCAGCUGUGGUCGUGAUGGCUAUUUGUGCCAAAAUAUUUUUAAAGAGGCUCAACACCCACUUGAUCACAUUAAUCGUGUUGGAGUGAAUAUAAGUAAAAACGGUGAUGUAGCUCAGGCUGUGAGUGAACAGUUGUUGAAACCAUAUCGAGAUCAAAUCUCAGAAAUACACAAACCUACCAAACAGUUCUACUCUGAUGAAGCUUCUACCUCUUCACCAAGUUCUGAGCAUUACAUGUGGGCCAAGAGCAACCUUUAUUUAUUUCUAUCUGAUUCUUCCCCAGAUUUUUCUAUGGACUGGUUUAUUAAUACUGCUAAUAUGUACAAACUUAAUGGUAAAUCUUUUGAAGAAAUCUGUGACCAUAAUGCUUCUGUUGCUCAAAGACUAAAUAGAAAACAGGUGUACCUUACUUGGAUGAUUUUAAAGGGAUUUUAUUCAUGUACUUCUCCAAGUAACCUGACUCCACCAUACCACUCCAGUCCAGGAUAUUCUGACCUUAGUGAUAAACCUGAUAUGGAGAAGAUUGGGAAAAUUGCUGAUGCAACUCCCAAGAAAAGUUGUGGAGAAAACACCUCAGGAUGCAGUGAAGAAGAAUCUGACCUAGAAAAUGAAGUUCAAGAAACUGGUUUAGCCAGUCAGACAGGAGACUUUUUCUUUGGCGAAGGAGACUUUUUCUUUGGUGAAGGAGACACAGAUUUCUCUUAUGACCGAGAAGAUGCUGACAGUGUACUUCAUGAUAGAUAUAAUUGGUCUCUUCCAGUAGAACCCUUCCAACCUCGUCAUGAGCUUGACUUUAGCAAUGUGCCACCAGUGCCUCCUCCUCACUAUUCACCCGCAAGCGACAGUGAUGACAAUUCAUUUCAAGCUACAAGUCAUAACCAUAAAGAAACAAUCAGUAAUGGCGCCGCAGUGAACGAUCUCAACAUCAAUGUGAAACUCCCCAUUAUACCACAGUGGGACUAUAGCUCCCUGGUUACGGAUAUGCUUGUUGCUUAUGCUGAAGAAGACAUUCAGUCAACCGUUUCUAUGUUGAUUGUCCUGGGGGAUCGCAUCCAGCCAGAAAUUGAUCUGAAAGUGCGGACAAGUUGGUUCCUAAGCUAUAUUGGUAUGUAAAGUUUCUUUUAAUGUUUUGCAUGGGUUAUUUUAAAAAGUUUUCUGUUCAGCAUAAAUACAUCGUCAAUGAAAAUAUAAUUUGUUUGUGAUUAACUCUGAUUAGCUCUAUUUUAAUCAGUUGAUUAUCUAUCACUAUCAUCAUUACC